UUUCUUCUUUACGAUUAGUAUAGUUUUAGUCGAGAGUACGAGACGCGCGUGGAGUGGUUGGCACUGUCGGAGACAGUCCUAUUAAAUAAUUGGUGACAUGUUGACCACUCUCUCGCUCGUGUAUUUUACCGUGCUACUUGUCGGUUCUUCAAGUGAAAUCAUUAAAUGCUGCCCAAAAGGAUACAGUUUCGGAAGGACUUUGAAAUGCGUGAUAUCCGUAUACAGCAACAGCGAAUUCAUCUUGAACGAGGCGAACUAUGGCAAUCAAACGGACUUCAAUACCACCAGCUGCUAUCGAAGUGGCGAAAGCGUGAACGACAUACAAGCUGCUGACUUGGAAUAUGCCCGAAACCUAACGGAAGUGGAUAUGUGCAUGGAUGUCGAUGAUCGCAACGGUACGGUCUACGUGAAGUCAUGCCCAGUGGAUUGGAGAGAGCGGCCGAAGAGAUGCGACGGUGUUUUCACUCCCAUAUUCCCCUGGGGUGCGAGUAUAGUGAUUGGCGCGUAUUUGAUUCACGGCAUUCCUUUCGUCAUCGUCGUCGUUCUGUGCAUCCUCGACCCCGAACUUCGCAAUCGCGCCUACGACAAAGCCGUACUAAGCUGUUGCAUCUGCCAAGUUUGCAUCGCGGUAGUUUUAUCUGUAAUGGGAUAUUUCUUUUUAUGUUACGAGCUCCUGAGACCAACUUGGUUGUACAUAGUGUUCGGGUUGAUGCUGCAGUUCACAACGAUAGGUGCCGUCUGUUGGUUGAACGUCAUAUGCUUGGAAAUGACCUUGGCCAUCACCAGAUUGAGGUGGAGACACGGCAACGACAUGACAGGGUCUGUGGAAGCCCGGAAGUCCUUUAAGUAUGCGGCCUAUGUGUGGGGCUCCAGUUCCGUGUUUACUGCCAUCACCUGCUUCAUUGAACUCUGUCCAUGGAUACCAACAACGUCAGUGCUGAAGCCGAAUUUCGAGAGCGUCUACGACGGGGUGAAUUAUAAAGUGAUCUUUUAUGUUGGCUUGGCACCUGUGAUCACCUUCAUCCUUAACAACGUUCUCUUCAUCUACACUACGUACAAGGUCGUCAAUAUCCGAAAAUCAACCGUCGUCGCAAGUGAAAACAACAGGAAGACGAAAAAGAAGUACUUCAUGUACUUGAGGCUGUACCUCGUGAUGGAUGCUCCGUCGAUUAUCGGAGUCAUAUCAUCAAUCUAUCCUGAGAUCUGGGUUCUAAAGUUUAUCAGAAUGAUCCAGCCGAUAUCAAUGCUCCUUGCCAUAUUACCGCAGAAAAAGUUCUGCCGAGCAUUGCGAUGCUCCCCCGCUGAAAAACCUGCUGUUGUCUCACAGAAAAGAAAUAUCAAGGGCGAAACGUCGUGUUGAAUUUUUAUACCCUGAAGAUUCAUUUACAUGCGACUUUUAUUAAUUUUCUUCAUUUUUCACAUUAUCAUUUUUUAUUAUCAAAUAAUUUUUUUUUUCAACGCGUGUAUCUCACAAAAUCAGAAACUCGCCAGGAAAGAAUGCCCUGCAACCAGUCUUCAAUUUCAAUAAUGUCGUCAGGUCUUGGUGCUAUUGAAAUUCACCAUUAUGCAUCGAAUAACUGUGUAUCGUGUGGAAAUUUGAUUGCGAUAGUAUCACAUCCUCGACGCUCUCUACUCCUAGAUAUUAGAUACAUUCUAAAUUGUUUCAUAACUUUUCUUGAUAUCAUGCAAUUUUGUUUAAUUUUCUCAAAUCGUCUGCGCGGUUGGUCCUUUUUCCCGGUGCGUCAGAGGGAUUCUUUAAACAUUCGCUGAUGACUAAAUAAAUGCCCAAAAACACUGAAAGGUAUUGUCGAGGACAAAACAUUUGGCAUGCACACGCAGUGCAAUAAAACCAUCCAUCAAAUAUUAUCUGUUUUGGGUAGGAUGUCGCAAUAUUAGAAAAGGUUAUCUUUGAUUAUAUGUUUCAAGUACGAUAAUUUUUACCUGCAACUAUGAGAAAAGUCGUAGUGGAUGUAACUCAGCCGUUGCACUGGACCCAGAGGGCAGGGGUAGUUCAGGGCGGAUGAAAAGGCCCAAAAUAAUAUCUAUACGUACUUGAAACUUCCCCAUUGGCCUAACUUCUGUAUAGAUGAAAGAAGCCAAUCUGGAGGAACGAUAGAAAACCGCAUGCUAAAUAAUGAACUCAGAAGAGAGUUGCAUUAUGCAGAAUCAAGACUGUUCUUCAAACCCUUCUGAUCGAGGCAAUUGAUCGAGAACCUUUUAAGCAGUCAGUUCAAAACCAUUAUGAGAACAGAGUGGUUCCUAAAAUCUCUUAGAAUUAAGACAGGUAAAAUAACUGAAGAAAUUCCGUAGUUCUCUUUUAUUUGAAUAUCAUCAUUUUAA